GCCUGGGGCGCGAGAGGGAUCGGGGUGUGUGUGUGGGUAACUCGUGCGCGUUCGGAUCGGAUCGAAGGAAAAUGAACGCAGCCAGCCGGAGGGUGGUGAAGGAACUUGAUGCCAUUAAGAAAUUAAGGUUACAAUACUUUCGGGAUAUUCAAGCAGAUGUGACCAAUAAUCUCCUUUGGAAAGGACUUUUAGUGCCGGAUAAUCCUCCAUACAAUAAAGGGGCCUUCUGGAUUGAGAUAAGUUUUCCAUGUGAGUAUCCACUCAAGCCUCCUAAAAUAAGCUUCAAAACCAAGUUCUACCAUCCCAAUGUGGACGAGAUGGGUCAAUUGUGCCUGCCAAUCAUCAGCGCAGAGAAGUGGGAUCUUAAGACAAGGAUAGACCAAGUAAUUCAGGCCUUGAUAGAGCUGGUAAAUAAACCUGAUAUAAAACAUCCACUGCGCCCAGACUUGGCCAAGGAGUUCGACGAAGACCAUGAGAGAUUCCUGUUACAAGCGGAGGAGCACACCUGUAAAUUCAGUGAGAAGCGCCCAUGUGAGUGACCUGUGCUCAGCAACUGGAGUCCACCUUAUAUAAUUUUUUGGCUUCACAAGUCCUUGUCUACCAAUGGGAUAGUAGAGAAGAAGGACCAGACAAAAAAAUGUGCAUGAUGAAAAUUUGGACUUUUCUGAGUUUAAAGCCAGAACUACUCAUUUGAGGAACAUUUAUAUGCUUGAAUAAGCAUAGGUUCAAUGUUAAAAUACAGAUGCAUCUGAAUUAAGUUAAACAUUUGUGACUCUUCAUGGUACGGAUGAAAACCUGUGUUACUUUCCCCAUCCUGGAGCUAAAAAUCUAUUACCCGAAAGGAUAGUUCUGGCUUUAAAGUCAGUAUUGGAUUUCAAUAAAUUUCAAAUUGAAUUGAGGAAAUGACAUAGUUUUUUAAAAACAGAAUAAUAUUUUCCCUCAAAAGAACAGAACAAAUUAGGACAUUUGCAAAGUUACAGGAGUACAUCAUAGGAUGUAUUUCACAGAGAAAAAGUACUAAGUUUUCUGUUUUCCAAAUACUUUCUAAGCAAAGAAUGAUUUAUCAGAACAGACCAAUAGGAAUACUCCUGGAAAAAAGAAUAUUGCAUGCAUUUCAUUGCAUGUCAUUCUCUUACUAGUAUAUCUUAUCUUGGAUGAAGAAAAUGAAACACAUUCUUAAUUCUUUUUAAUUUGUUCUUCUUCAUAUAAGUUUCCAUUUUCAUAGUCAUUCCUGUAGUAUUUUAGGAUUGUUUCCAAAUCUUUCCUUUUCAAUUCCAAGUUUAAUUUAUUUAAUGUAUUGUCGUGUUUCCCUUUUUUCUUAAACCUUAGUAAUUUCGUAGGUUGUGUUGCUUUUUAACUUUCCUCCUGUCAUCGUGAAAUAUGUUGAGCUGACUUUCUGUUUUGUAAUAAAUGUAAGCUAUAAUAGAUUACAAAUAAUGAUAUAUUACUACA